AUGCUGGCGGUGUGUUUGCUGUCAGAAGGUCAGAAGCUUUAUUUACACUGGAGUCACAAGAUUGGGAUCGCUGUGAGUCUGACGUUCUCCAUCGUAGCGACCGCUGUGUUAUCUGACCUCUGGAGCAAAGAGCUGACCACGCUGCUGCUCUCCUUCCAGGUGACUGCUCCCUUCCUCCAUGUGGGGGGGGUCUUCCUGCUGACCGCUCUCUCCUGGCCCGUCGCUCUGCAUUUCUUCCGCAUGACCAGCAGAGUGAGGGGGGGGCUGAUCCUGGGGUUUUACCUGAGCUUCCUGUCCGUCCUCUAUCUGGUUCCCCUCGGUCUCUACUCUCCUUGUAUCAAAGAGGUCGGGACCCUCGGACCCCCGCCGGCCCUCAUCGGACACAGAGGGGCCCCCAUGCUGGCUCCAGAAAACACCCUGAUGUCAUUUGAGAAAGCCGUGGAAACAGGAAGUGAAGGUCUGGAGACGGACGUCACCAUCAGUGUGGACGGAGUCCCCUUCCUGAUGCACGAUCAGACGCUGCGUCGGACCACCAACGUCCAGCACGUCUUCCCCAACAGAACCAACACGGCCGCCUCCUUGUUCAGCUGGAGCGAGCUGCAGAGCCUCAACGCCGGAGCCUGGUUCCUCUCCGGAUGA